GCAAUGGGCUCAGCUGUCACCUGUGGCUCCUAGAAGCUGUCAGCAUGUAAAUACACCCCAGAAAUGGCUUCAGCUGGCAGCUAAACCAGGUGUGGGUAUCCGAUUGGUCUCAAACCCUCAGUAAGUUAGGCUCCAGCACAUAGAGCAGAUGAGACCAAUAGUGGGUUCAACAGUCAAGAAGGCGGUUUCUGCAUGUGCUGUAGAGGGAAGUGAGGGGCACAUGAGGCUUAUUAACCUGGGAAGGUAGGCCAUCUAGAAGAAGGAAAACUCUGAUCCUAAAGCUCCAUUGCCUUGUGGGAUUUUGCUGGGAGAACAAAAGGCUAAGGAGUAAGCCCUACACAAAUCCGGAGUGGAAUUCCUAAGAUGGUUGGAUGGUGCCUUGUACACCUCCAUCUGGCAACUCCUGCAGCACCAAACUCCUGCAGAGUUUGGUGCACUCCAUUGUCUCUCAAAACAGAUGGAUGCCAACCAACAUUAGAAAGCUAAUAGGGUGCACGCUAUUCAGAAGGAAUGAGGUUACAGCCAAAUAUGCCAUUAUGUUUAUUACUGUUCAGUACAAUGUUACAUACACCACAGAUGAGAGGCCUGAGCUGGUACAUUUCUAUGAGUACGGUCCAAAAGACGUGGCCACCAUCUUUUUCUACAUGCUUAUAGCCAUUAUUCUUCAUGCAGUGAUUCAGGAAUACAUACUAGAUAAAAUUAAUAGACGUCUCCACUUGUCAAAAACAAAGCAUAGCAAAUUCAACGAAUCAGGGCAACUAGCAGUUUUCUACUUGUUUUCAUUUGUCUGGGGAGCCAGUAUUUUGUCUGCAGAAGAAUUCACAACCAAUCCAACUUUGUUGUGGAAAGAUUACCCUCAUUCUCGAAUGUUUUUUCAGGUUAAAUUCUUCUAUAUCUGCCAAAUUGCCUAUUGGCUUCAUUCACUGCCAGAACUGUACUUCCAAAAGAUUCGAAAGGAAGAUAUUCCUAGACAGUUGUACUACAUCUGUCUUUAUAUUGUUCACAUAUCCGGUGCCUACAUUUUGAAUCUGCAUCGCUUGGGCUUAAUUUUGCUGGUACCACAUUACCUUGUGGAACUUAUUUUUCAUGCCUCACGCCUUUUCUACUUCAGCGAUGAGAAUAAGCAAAAAGGAUUUACCCUCUGGGCUCUACUGUUCAUAUUGGCUCGCCUUCUGACUCUAACUUUGUCAGUUCUCACAUUUGGAUUUGGUCUAGCAAGAGCAGAAAAUCCUGGCUUUUCCAUAGCAGAAGGAAACUUCAACAUACUAACUCUUAGAAUUAGCUGUCUGGCUGCAAUCUGUUUGACCCAAGCUUGGAUGAUGUGGAAAUUCAUUAAUUUCCAAUUAAAGAAAUGGAGGGAGCAUAUUCAGAAUCAAAUUCCUAAGAAAACAACAAACAUAAAGGUUAAACCAACAAGGAAAGAAUCAUCCAAAGCUAACUUGGUCAAUGGAGCAGUAAAAUUUGAAGAGGGUACAUCACCUAGAAAAAGAAAAUCAAAAAUGUUAUGAGGAGCAUAGAACGUGAAAGCAACCUUUUAAUUGAAGACUUUGGUGAUUAAUGAAAAUGCUCCAUUACCAGAGUUGUGUUCACUAAAGGACUCUGGUUGAAAUAAUAUAUUUUAAAAAUUCAUCAAAACAAAGUUAUGGUGAGAACACUGUACUUCAACAUGAGUUUUAGUUUAUUUAACCUAGAUGCUCAAUCUCCACUAUUAAUUUCAGUCUUUGAAAAAUUAUUUGUCUUACUCUUGAAUGUAAGUACAAAUCCUUCAAUGCUAUGGAAGGCUUAUAAAUCAGACAUUGCUUUUAUUUGAAGCUUUAAAAUAUAAUUAAUAUUUCAUUUAAGUAUAAAGCUUUUAGAAACUUUAAUUUCUGGACUUGGGCGGGAAGUUGUGUUAGGGGUUUUUCAUUUUGUUUUUUAAGAAAAUGUUUUGCACACUAUUCCCAAACUGUCUGAAAUGUCUAUUCAGAAGUAAUUUCAGAUGGUUUUCCUAUUUUAAAAGUUCAUAAUUUGGAUAACUAUGGUUAAACACAGUGUUUAAGGAAAGAGAAUAAAAUCAAUGAAUAUCUUCAUCUUGGAAAACUGCUAGUUCAUUUGAGGCCACACUGUGUAUUUGAAAAUGACUGUGAAGGCAGUCUAUUAAGGCAGAUUUUGCUGAAUUGGUCUCCUGAAUUACCUAAUACGAAACCCCACAUAGCUGGCUUUAUUUAUAUAUAAAUACACAUGGCUUCUUGAAGUCCUGAAAAGUAAGUUUCAAAACUAAAUCUUCUUCACAUGGUGCUUAAGUUUGAUUUAUGUUGGUUUAGAUACAAUUAACUGUUUCAUGAAUCUAAAAAUGAAUGCUUAACGAGCAGAGCCGCAUAUCAUUUCAGAUUUAAGUCAGAUUUCUUGUAUUAUGUAGUAUAACAAACAACCAAUAUUUUUUUCUUAUUUCAAAACAAGCUGAACCUGGCUCUUCAAUGUCAUAAACAGACACUUCAUCAGUGGUUAGUAUAACAGAUGUGCAUAAUCACUAAAUAGCACAGCUGUGUGAUAAAAUAUCCAAUUAUAAUUAAGGUUUAGAAAAAUGGCUAACCUUUCAAGAGAAGCAUUGUAAAACCCAAAGAGCUUACUAGACUCUUGCAGCUGGCUUCCAGAAGUCCAGUGUUACUUCUUUUACUUUGACCAAGCUGAAUUUUAUGUCAUCAUGCAGGUUUUUAAACUCCUUACUGAUUGAAGUAUCUUUGUCAUGCAGCAUGGAGGGCAGUUGCAGCUUGAGUAAAAAUAAUUUUGAAGCCCCACUGGGUUCAUUGAACUGCUUUCAGGGCACUGUUUUCAGGCUUCCAUUUAGAAACUUCUUCCCUUUCUGCUUUCCCAGGCUAUCUUCUAGAGAAGUAGGAAAUGAAAUAUUUUCUGUAAAUGAGACAAAUGGAAACAUAGACUGCAAUCCUGAAAGCACAUUCUAAGCUCCAUACUUUAGAGUGAGCAAGUAGCAGUAAGAGCCUCUGCCCUUUAUUAUGUGCUGUUGGUUGUGCUAUAUAGGAAUUUUGUGAAAUCUAUAUAAUUAUAUUAAUAUUUAAGUGUGGUUUUUCCUACUAUUCAUUUGGAUUCUGUAAAAGCAUUCACAAUUUGCUUAAAUGGUCCAAGCUGAUGAAAGUCUGUAAGACACUAUAAAAAAUUGAUCCAUAUACUAUUGAAAGUCUUGCUGAUUACAAACAUAGUUUGUAUCUAGUAGCCCCAUACCAACCGGCAGACAUUGCCAUAAGCACAAUUUUUCCCCUACUUGGUUCAUUCCCAGAGUGCAUGGAGCUGUCUUAACACUGCACUCAGAUGGGAAGCUAUCACAUGCACAAAAGCUCUGUGCUUAUUUAAAGCAACUACACUUAAAGCCUUUGAUGGGGAAAAAUGCUUAAAACAGAUGCCUCAAGUACCUUCAUUAGAAACACAAUGGCAGGGUCAUCAGAUAGCAGGGAUGUCCCUGUUUCAUACACAAACUGUAUGAUAAAUUAAAUCACAAGUUAGCUAUUACAGCUUACUGAGUUGUUUUUAAUGUUCACACAAACACAUAUUUAAUAAGCAAGGUUUGCUACCAUGUGCUAUAUAUCAGGAGAACCAUCUACUGUGACAUUGGCAAACCAUUUUCUUAUGAUUGGUUCAGAAAUCAGUCUGCAUCAGUCCUGUGAUGAAAUCAAACCUCACUUCUGACCACGCUUCUGUGACAAACAAGUGACAAAUCAUUCUUUAUUUCUCAUUAACAGUCAAUUAAACCAUUGUCACAUGUUCUUUGAUGUUGCUACAUAGAUAAAAUCAUUCAAUAGGAGAUUUUUUGGUAUGUUAUAUAAACAUAGUCAUCAUCUGUAUGCAAAUGCUAUUCAGGAUUUGAGCCCAUUUUUUCUUGUUUCCCAACUUGUUUCUGUGUGCAGAUUAUAGGAAUUUGUCUGACUUCUCACAAUCCUGUAUAUUUCUACUGAAGAUGUUUACCAUUGAACUAGAAUAUAUUUUUUUAUGAUUUUAAUAAAACUUGUUUGUAUAAUGAUGAAUGCCUCAUUUGAUAAAAGUAACUUCUAAGCAGUUUUGAUGAAAAUAUUGUUUCCUGAUUUUAGUGUUCAGUGCUGCUUGCAAUACUAUGUUUUUUUGAACAACUUGCUUAUAGUUCUGGACUAUUAUGUAACAGGGGAGGCCAAAGGCCAGUUACACUAUUACAUCCUAAGGAUGAUAGCUGUGGACACUGUGGGUUUACAGGUUGAAGUCUGUACUGUCUAAAAUGUUUUAUGUUAGCUAAUUUCAAACAGCUUUCUUAAAUAAAUGGCAAACCUAGAACUUUAACAGAAUAUGUAUGUACUGUAUGGAAAAGGUAGUGGCUAUGGCAUUUGAAUUUGUGGAGUCUAUCCACUGUUCCAUAUUGGGAACUAUGUUUCAUAUUCGUGAAAAAAUAUGGUUCAGUAACUGCAUAGUGGCCAGAAAUAAAUUGCAAACAUGCACCUAUAAAUCUUCUAAGCCUCUACACUGACAGAUUUGUCUCAUUUUUUUUCCAGAAAGCCAAACUUUUUGGUUAUACAGUUUUAACUGAAUGUUACCUUAAAUGUGUGUGGAUAGUUGUGUGCGUGUACACCGGAUAUCUGUAUAAUGGAAAGAAAAUGUCAUUCUGUUGCAGCAUGAAAGGAAUUGAAAAUUGAGUAUCAUACUGCCCUGUGUCAUUGCACCACACUGAUUGAUGUUUUAUGUACUAUCAGAUGCAUUAAAUAAAAUGUGUGCCUUUGCCUUAGGA